AUGGGUUCUCACAUCUUCCCGAUCAUUGCAAAUAUAUUUAUGGAACAAUUCGAGAACGAAGCUUUGAAGUCAGCAGCGCAGAACCCUGCUGUGGUUCAGGUAUAUGGACGAUACCUUUGUCAUCUGGCCACAUGCGAGGACUCAUCUAAACUUAAAUUCCUGGAGUUCUUGAAUGCUCAGCACCCGAGCAUCAAGUUCACUAUGGAAAUUGAGCAGAACGGAUGUCUCACAUUUCUGGAUGUCUUGGUUCGUCGCAAUGAGGAUGGCACUCUGGGUCAUCGAGUAUAUGGCAAGCCGACCCACACAGACAGAGCUCUUACAAUCUUCCAACCCUCCAACGUCAACAGCGAAGUUGAACAGCUAGAGACAGCUCUGUCCAAGAGUGGAUAUAACAUCCAAGAAAUUCGAAAGGUUAAGCGAAAGCAACAGAUCAAGCUCUCAUCUCCUCAAAAGGAGAUUAAUCUUGAAGAAAAUCGGGAGAAACCUAAAGUGCCCCCCUCACCUACCUGA